GAUGCUGAGAGUGCAGAGGCCGAGACUGGCCAGGCUGAGAGCCUGCCUCUCCAGAGGCCUCCACCACAAGCCCGUCAUGGCGCUCCGAAGGGAGGACGUGAACGCCUGGGAGCGCAGGGCGCCUCUGGCUCCCAAGCACAUCAAGGGCAUCACCAAACUGGGAUACAAGGUCUUGAUACAGCCUUCCAAUAGACGGGCCAUUCACGACAAGGAGUAUGUCAGGGCUGGUGGCAUUCUUCAAGAGGACAUUACAGAAGCCUGCCUGAUUUUGGGGGUAAAAAGGCCUCCAGAGGAAAAACUGAUGUCCAAGAAGACUUAUGCCUUCUUCUCCCACACAAUAAAAGCUCAGGAAGCUAAUAUGAACUUGCUGGAUGAGGUCCUGAAACAGGAAAUCCGGCUUAUUGAUUAUGAGAAAAUGGUGGAUCACAGAGGGUCUCGGAUAGUGGCUUUUGGACAGUGGGCAGGUGUGGCAGGAAUGAUUAAUAUUUUACAUGGAAUGGGUUUAAGGCUCCUUGCUUUGGGACAUCAUACUCCUUUUAUGCAUCUUGGCAUGGCUCACAACUACAGGAACAGCAGUCAAGCUGUACAGGCUGUCCGAGAUGCUGGCUAUGAAAUAUCUCUGGGUUUAAUGCCAAAGUCAAUAGGGCCCUUAACGUUUGUAUUCACAGGGACUGGCAACGUAUCCAAGGGAGCCCAAGAAGUCUUUAAUGAGCUACCUUGUGAGUAUGUGGAGCCCCAUGAAUUAAAAGAAGUCUCAAAAACUGGAGACCUCAGGAAAGUGUAUGGGACGGUGUUAAGUCGCCAUCAUCAUCUUGUCAGGAAAACAGAUGGUGUGUACGAUCCUGUAGAAUACGAGAAAUAUCCUGAGCGCUACACAAGUCGUUUUAAUACAGAUAUUGCACCCUACACAACUUGUUUAAUCAAUGGAAUCUACUGGGAGCAAAACACCCCUCGGCUGCUCACACGUCAGGACGCCCAGAGUCUCCUGGUCCCAGUGAAGUCCUCAGUUGUUCCUGUUGAAGGAUGUCCUGAAUUACCACACAAACUUGUGGCAAUAUGUGACAUUUCGGCAGACACAGGAGGCUCUAUAGAUUUUAUGACUGAGUGCACUACCAUAGAACGGCCCUUUUGCAUGUAUGACGCGGACCAGCAUAUUAUUCACGACAGUGUGGAAGGCUCCGGGAUUCUGAUGUGCUCCAUUGACAAUUUGCCAGCGCAGCUUCCAAUUGAGGCCACAGAAUACUUUGGAGACAUGCUUUACCCUUAUGUCGAAGAGAUGCUGUUAUCAGAUGCGUCACAGCCUCUGGAAAGCCAGAACUUCUCUCCGGUCGUGCGAGAUGCAGUGAUUACAUCCAAUGGUCUAUUGACGGACAAAUACAAAUAUAUACAGAAACUCCGGGAAAGCAGAGAACGAAUCCAAUUCCUUUCAAUGAGUACCAAGAAGAAGGUUUUGGUUCUUGGGUCUGGCUAUGUAUCUGGGCCUGUUUUGGAGUACCUGUCAAGAGGCAACAAUAUAGAAAUAACACUAGGCUCUGACAUGACGAACCAAAUGCAGCAGCUGAGCAAGAAAUACGACAUUAACACUGUCAAUGUGACCGUCGGCAAGCAGGAAGAGAAGCUGCAGUCCCUGGUCGAAUCCCAGGAUCUUGUCAUCAGCUUGUUGCCUUAUGUGUUGCAUCCUGUUGUGGCCAAGGCCUGCAUUGAUAGCAAGGUUAAUAUGGUCACUGCAAGCUACAUCACACCAGCUAUGAAAGAACUGGAAAAAAGUGUGGAUGACGCUGGCAUCACAGUCAUUGGAGAAUUGGGAUUAGAUCCUGGUCUUGAUCACAUGUUGGCAAUGGAAACAAUUGAUAAAGCCAAAGAUCUGGGAGCCACGAUUGAGUCGUAUGUUUCCUACUGCGGUGGUCUUCCAGCCCCAGAACAUUCAGAUAAUCCCUUGCGAUAUAAGUUCAGCUGGAGUCCAGUGGGAGUCUUGAUGAACAUAAUGCAGCCUGCUAGCUAUCUACUCAAUGGAAAGGUUGUGAAUGUGACAGGGGGAGUCUCUUUUCUCAACUCUGUCACACCCAUGGAUUACUUCCCAGGCCUAAACUUGGAAGGGUAUCCUAACAGAGAUAGCAUAAAAUAUGCUGAGAUUUAUGGAAUUUCAUCUGCCCAUACAUUGUUGAGGGGAACACUGAGAUAUAAGGGAUAUUCCAAAGCUUUGAAUGGAUUUGUGAAGUUGGGACUCAUCAACAGAGAAACAUAUCCUGCCCUCCGACCUGAGGCCAACCCUCUCACCUGGAAACAGCUCCUGUGUGACCUAGUUGGGAUUUCCCGCUCCUCCUCAUGUGAGAAGCUUAAGGAAGUUGUCUUUACAAAGUUGGGAGGGGACAGUACCCAGCUAGAGGCUGCUGAAUGGUUGGGCUUACUGGGGGAUGAGCAGGUUCCUCAGGCAGAGUCCAUUGUGGAUGCAUUCUCCAAGCACUUGGUCUCAAAGCUCUCCUAUGGCCCCGAAGAAAAGGAUAUGAUUGUGAUGAGGGACACCUUUGGCAUUAGACAUCCAUCUGGACAUUUAGAAAACAAGACCAUCGAUCUUGUGGUUUAUGGAGACUUCAAUGGCUUUUCGGCAAUGGCUAAGACUGUGGGGUUGCCAACAGCCAUGGCAGCCAAAAUGUUACUCGAUGGUGAAAUUGAAACCAAAGGCCUAAUGGGACCAUUUUCAAAGGAGAUCUAUGGGCCAAUAUUGGAGCGGAUUAAAGCAGAAGGCAUUGUGUUUAAUACACAGAGCACAAUCAAGCUAUAAAUGGGUAUUUAUUUUCCUAGGCAUCACAGCUGUUACCUUGUAUAUGACAAAUGUGCUUGCUGAUAUACUGAAGCUGAUGUGAAGAAUGAUAUGUUUUCUGGAAGUUCAUGCAAUGGUGUUUUCAAAACUCAAGUCUCUAAAGCUUUUAGAGUAGAAGAUUCCAGACAUCAGAGAAACCUUUAAUAAGUCUCCUGUGUACUUUUUGUGUGUAUGUAAAGGUGAGGAUGAUCAUAGCUUGUUAAUUUAUUGCACUUCCUUUUUCCUGAGGACAUAUCAUCAGCAAAUGCAGUUGUACUAUUUUUUCCCACUUCGUGUAGUUAUAUUUUUGUAUUUUUCAAAUUGAUUCCGCUAUAUACCUUUUAGACUGACAUAUCGAAGAAUGGUCGCAAACGUACUGCCUUGUGCCUUUUGUAAAGUUAUGAUUUAUUUAGUAAAUUGUUUUGAAAAUCA